AUGUCUUCGCCUUACUACAACAGCCGUAGCCUGGGAGACUCUCCCGACUCGGCCUCGAUCGAGAAGAAGGAUGACUCCCGCCUCGAGGACGGCGUCGUCAUGGCACCUGUGCUGACCGCCGGUACCACUGCUGCCGACGCCGUCGCCACGACCAUCGAGGACCCCAAGGAGACGGCCCGCCUGAUUCGCAAGCUCGACUGGCACGUGCUGCCCAUCUGCUCGGUGCUCUACCUCUUCUCCUUCCUCGAUAGGACGGCCAUCGGCAACGCCCGUGUGCUCGGCAUGGAGAAGCAGCUCAAGCUUACCGACCAGGAGUACGCCGCCGCACUCUCGGUCUUCUUCGGCCUCUACUGUCUGCUCGAGGUGCCCUCCAACCUCGUGCUCAAGAAGAUCGGCGCCAAGCUCUGGCUGCCCAUCAUCGUCGUCGUCUGGGGUCUCGUCAUGCUGGUCACCGGUUUCUCCAAGAACUUCGAGUCGCUCCUCGCCUUCCGCAUUCUUCUCGGCGCUGCUGAGGCUGGUCUCUUCCCCGGUGUCUCGUACUACCUUACGAUCCUGUAUCCGCGCAGGUCGAUCCAGCUGCGUAUCGGUCUCUUCUUCAGUGCGGCCACCAUCGCUGGUGCCUUCGGUGGUCUCCUCGCUUUCGGUCUUGCCAAGGCCAAGUCUGGAGAGUACCAGGGUUGGUCGUUCAUCUUCUUUGUCGAGGGUGCACUCACCAUUGUCGCCGGCAUUGUCGCCUACUUCGUUCUCUUCGACGGCAUCGAGAAGGCGCCGUUCUUGACCGAGAGCGAGAAGGUGUACAUGAGCGACCGCGUUCAGUUCGACGGCAACGACAUCCCGAUGAACGACGAGUUUGCAUGGAAGUUCGUCUGGGCCGGUCUGAAGGACUGGAAGACGCUCUUCACGCUGAUCUGCUACGUGACGACCAUCACGCCGCUCUACUCGAUCGCCCUGACGCUGCCCUCCAUCCUGAAGAACUCGCUCAAGUACAACGCCAUCGACUCGAACCUGUACACCGUGCCCGUGUACACCGUUGCCGCCGUGACCGUGGUCAUCUUCGCCUACUCGUCGGACCGCCUCGGUAUUCGCUUCCCCUUCAUCUGCCUCGGCACCCUGAUCUCCGGUAUCGGCUGGGCGCUGUCGCUUCACUUCAGCAACAGCAACCCCAAGGUGGCGUACGGUGCGCAGUUCAUCUCGGCUGCUGGUUCGUACGCUGCCUUCCCCGGUGUGGUCGCCUCGUUGACCCAGACGAUUGGUGGUAAGACGAAGCGUUCCGUCUGCAUUGCCAUCAUCGUUGGCUUUGGUGGUCUGGCCGGUACCAUCUCGAGCAACAUCUUCCCCAAGAAGCAGGCUCCUUACUACCACCGCGCGCACUACAUCAACAUCGGCAUGAACGCCGUCGCCUUCUCGUCGGCGCUCGCCUUCGCCGGCCUGCUCCACCUUGCCAACAAGCGCAAGCAGCGCAUGAUCGACUCGGGCGAGGCUGCUCGUCUGUCCAAGGAGGAGAUCGCCGACAUGGGUGACGAGUCGCCUUACUUCAAGUACCGCUACUAG